AUUUAUCGAUGUUAACUUUAUUAUACACUUUCCAAUAACUUUUAACCAAUGAAAUUUAAUCAAUUCAAAUAUUUUCAUUUAAUGCUUCUUAAAAGUAUAAAAAAGUAUCUUAAACAUAUAAAAAAUAUAAAACAUCUUACUUUCGGGAACGGAGGAAGUAGAAGACUUUCUAUUAUAAGGCUAGCAUUGGCUUUCUUAAGGGAUUAUAAUUAAUGUGAUUUCUUUGAUUAAAGAAAAACAGAUAAUUUGUUUUUUUUUUUUUUUGAAUGGUUAGCAAAACCAUAAGUCCUAACACUCUAAAUAUAGGACAUAAGACUAGGCAUGAGACUUAUUAUCCGAGAUCCGAAUUCGAUUCAAGAUCCGCUCCUAAUCCGCUCUGAAAAUAGGACAUCCGGGGUGCCCGGAUCCGAAUCCGGAUAGUAAAAUCUUGGAUCCGUGCAAACCGAAUCCGGAUCUGGAUAUCUUAAUUUUUAGGUCCGGAUAUCCGGAUCCGUAUUUUUAAAAUACAUUAAAUUUUUAAUUUUUAUUAAUAUUUAUAUUUGAUAUAUUAAUAUUUAUACAUGAAUUAAUCUUAUAAUAUUAUAUUUUAGUUUUUACAAUAUUACAGACAUAUAUAGAUAUAUUUAUAAAUAUUUAAUUUAUGUAUUAUAUUAAAAAAAUACUACAUUUUUAUUCGGAUCUGGAUCCGGAUAUCUGCGGAUAAUAGAAUAUCGAAACGAAUAUCCGAAAUCCGGAUAUCCGAAAACCACGAAUCCGGAUCCGGAUAUUAAAUCCACGGAUCCGACGGACACGGACUCUAUAAUAGAGUUACUCUAUUUUAGUGUGAAAUAUAUAGGACAUUUUUGUGUUCUAUUGGAGAUGCUCUAACUAUGGGCUCUCUAAUCACUUCUGAUUUUUUUAUGUUAGAUAUCAAGUAAACAUAAUAAAAUUAUAAAAACAUAAAUGAGAAAAUAAUACAUUUUUAAUAAAACUAACUCCAUCCUUAGGAUUCAUGAAACAGCCAAACACUGUGUUGCUUAAACUUAUUUCUAAAAACACUUUCCACGAGAAUCGAAUAACUCAAUUUCUGUUUUGAAUUUUAUAAAAAUCCCUAGUUCUACAACUAAAUGGUGUACAUAUUUAUGUAUUAAACUUAUUCUUGUAAGUGUUAAACUUAUAUAUUUGGCGAAUGUGAUAUAUCGUAUUAGAAAAUUAUUUUCCUUAUAAUUGUAUAUACAUUUAUUUUUAAAAUUCGCCUUAGGCCCUUAAAACCCUUUUCACGACACUGCAAACACAGUAACUAGUUCACAUUUUAUACAACCAUGUUACUUGAAUUAUUCUGAACUUUUGAGUUUAUUAUACCUUUUGAAAACAAUUUUCAAUAUAAAUACUAUAUAGUAUAGAAUUACAAAAGUAAAUUGAAUGUAAAUCUUAUAAGAAGUCAUUUACCAUGACUUUUUUGGCUGCUUAUAUAAAAGAGAGAAUACCCUCCUUUUUGUUCUCAUACAUAUUUGUUAAUUUUUGAAAAAAAUAGUAUAUAAACAUUAAAACAUAUAUAUACAUUGAAAUCAUCUUCAGAAUCCGAGUUGAGAACAGUUCAAACUAAAUUACCAUUAGAAAAUAAAACCGCAUCAACCGUUUCAGAACGUUAAAUUUUAAAUGAAUUUUUUGACGACCGAAAAAUGACAGAGCAUCAAAUCAAAACAAGAAAAAUCUUAUCUCUUCAGAGUUCAGAAUGAUCCCACGCUUCUUCUAUUCACUUGGGACCCAUUCUUUCAAUCAAACUCAGAUUUGAUUAUCUAAAAAGGCCACUAGAUUUACGUGUUCUUUCUUAUUAGAUCUUCGUUUUUCCCAUGUCGAAAGUCGUAGCCAUUCAAUUUACGGUAGUCUAAUCAGUUUCCAUCUAUAACCGACGAUUCAUUUAGACCGGUAAACUAAAAAAACUAUAUUUGUGUGUUUCAUACAAGAACAGAUGCGGACUCCAAAAUUUACAGACAUGCAUACGAGCAGCUCCAUUAUUUAAAAUUAUCAUUAUAUUGUUUUUAAUAUCUUCUAUAGAAGAGUUCCAACUGUUUUUAUAUCUUUUUAUUUAUUUUGGUGGGAUACUUAUUUUUAUGGCACGUUCCCUGAGUUUUUUUUUGUAAAAAAUUAAACAAAUAAAAAUUUGAUGUGACAUAACGAUGAAAUAAACUAGGAUACUUAUAAUUUAGUACCACAAAUGUAACGAUGUCGAAAAAGUACCAUAAAUGUACACCAUUUAGUUGUAGAACUAGGGAUUUUUAUAAAAUUCAAAACAGAAUCACGUUUUAUACGUAUGCUACAACGCAAAUUUUUCUCAUACGAGUCGCUUAGUCGCUCGAAAAAGUAUAAUAGCGAUGCCCGUUGGACUAAUUUUUCUGCAUGAUACAAUUACAAACUAUUGUAAGCAUUCUAGACCAAGACAAGAAAAAAAAAACAUUUUUAUUUCUAUUUUGUUGAUGUAAUCUAUAGUCUAGCCAAGCUUUUGGACGUGAUUUUGACUGUCACUUAAUAAUUUUUCACAAUUUUAUAAAAAGUUCACUAUUUAUUUUUUAAAAAUUUAAACAAUAUUUUUUUGACAUCUUAACAAACAUACCAGGACUGGGUGUCAAUAUUUGGACAACCGAAUUGCUAAGGGGAACGAGUACAUUUUUUCUUGUGAUUUUGACUGUCACGUAAUAAUUUCACAAUUGUAUAAUAAAAAGUUCACUAUUUAUUUUCUCUAAAUUUAAACAAUAUUUUUGACAUCUUAACAAACAUACCAGGACUGGGUGUCAAUUUUUGGACAUCCGAAUUGCUAAGGGAAACGUGUAAUUUUUUUUUACAGAUAGGAAAUGUGUACAUGUAUAUACAAAUGUACAAGUUAGUUGCUCUCGCUGCAGGAGAAUUACUCUGACAAAAAAUAAAGUUAAUACUAAAAAUAUUUACAAAUGACGACAAAAAGUAAAUUCCAAAUGUGUGUAUCUAGGCAUAAAGUUAUUACUUAUUAGUAAGGUAGCUUUAUUAACACAUAGGGGACAAUUUGUUCAGGAGAGACAUGAAGUAACUCUCAGUUCAACAGUCAAUUUUUUUACCUUUCUAAAGGCUUGCAUAUUAUUUAUAGACUUAUAGUUAGUAAUGUCAAAUGGACGGGCUAUAAAUGGGUGGUCCGUGUCCAAAUAGAUAUGGUCCGAAAUGGACAGGCCCAUAGUGAACCAUAAAUAAUUUUUGUCCAAAUGGGCGAACCCAACUACAUCCAUGGACAAAGUUGGGCUUAACCAGUUGGACAAUGGAUGGCCCAAUAAGCUUAAAUGUCUAGGGUUCAGAAAAUUAGGGGGAAAACACUUUCUUCUGCACUGUCUUCGUUCUUCUGCGAUUUCGGUGAUUCUUAUGCGAUUUCUUCUCUGAUUGCUUCGUUUCUUCUCGGAUUGCUUCGAUUCUUCUUUGAUUGCUUCGAUUCUUUUUUGCUGUCUUCUGAUUUCGUCAACUAAAGGUUUGAUUUCGUCAUCUUCGAACUGUUUAUGUGUGAUUUGUGUUAUGUGUUUUCAUUAUUAUAAGCUAUUGAUUCGUAUCAUUGGAUACGUAUUAGAUACUUAGAUAGAUCGGUGAUUUGUGUUCAUAACAAGUUUGUCGUGACUGCUUCCGCAAGAGCUCAAUCCAAAGUCACGAGACUCACGACUCACGAAUAAGGGAAAUUCUUCAUGAGAGUGUCCCAUUUUGCUGUUUAGAUGAACUCAUUUUUAAAAUUGAAAUUUAAGUCUGAUAUGACAUCUUUAAAAUUGAAACUUGAAUCAUUGAAUUUUUAAAACUGAAAUUAUGUUGUUUACGUUAAUUGGAUUAUGGGACCCAUGGACAGCCCAACAGAUUAUGGUCUUAUUUGGUUAUGGUCUCAUUUGGACAUGGUUCUAUUUGGGCUUCGACCAAAAAUGUCCAACAAAAAACUGAAGCCCAUUCGGACACACCCAAACCCGCCCAACCCGCCCAUUUGACAUCUCUACUUAUAGUACAACCGGAAACGGUCACCAAAAUAAAACAAAUUGAUAAUCAACCAAUGAACCAAUGCUCAAUAGUGUAAAAGGGAAAUUAUGGAGCUUAUUUGAAAACUUAUUGGCACAUGAACUGUUUCCUUAAUUAUGAGUUUCAGUUCCACCACAAUAAUAAUUACUAUAUAGUAGAUAAUAGAUGUAAACAUGUUAAAAGAGAUGAGGGAUCACGUGAAAGCGAGUGAUGAAUCGUACGUACGUGCGUGGAUUGUUAUACGUGUAGGUUAGAAUUCAGACCUGGUGUAUGUUUAAAAGGGAACCAGGAUAUCUACCCAAAUCUUUGCUUUUGAUAUUCAUAUCUUUCUUGCAAACUAACGUACUUAUAAACUUUAUAGGGUAUAUAUAAUCGGAAUAAUCAUAUAUAUAAUAAUGUGGCAUAAGUCAUAACAUGUAAAUUGUAAUUGAUGCAAUGUAAUCAAGAUCGAUCAAAACACGAUCACAAACAAGUUCACUUGAUCAUCUCAGAAUUGAUAAAUUUGGGACUUUCGUAGCGUGGAGGGGGCAACUCCCAGUUGAUAAAUUUAUACUUCAUGUCCCGGCCCUGAUUUUUAAUUUUACCAAUGCAACGGUUUUCGUCGUGGUUAGUUGGUUACAUUUGUUUUGACAGAAAAAAAUUGCAACAUUUUUUUUAACUGCUAGUGCGUGUUACAUUGUAUUUCAGUAUUUAUAUGGUUUUUUGUUAUUGUAACUUUUUUUGAACGGAGGCUUUUGUUAGUGUAACUUGACAUGCGUUAUUUUAGUUGAAUAGCGUAGAUAUGUAACGUGGGCUAGUUUUGACCCCAGAAAAAUAGAAAAAGAGUACAUGCCCUAGUUUGUGUAGUUGAGUUGAGAACCAUAUAUAUAACGUCGUAGAUUGGGUUUUAUAUUUUUUGGCGAUCUAUAUAACAUGAUACGUUCGUGCGUGCAAAUAAGAAAAGUCAAACACAUGCACAAUAAUAGUCAUAGAGAAGUGAGGCAUAGCGCAGAGAAAAACCCACGCGUUUAGGAGAGAGGAGACAAUUCUGGUACCAACUUUAAUGUCGUACCGUUGCAUGUAACCUACUUCCCUAGCUUUGCCGCUUCAUUUUUGCCUUCUAUCUUUUUUCUCUUCUGGUUCAAGCAAUAUUUCAACUCUGAUCUAAUUUAUAAUUUAAUUUGAUCUUAAUGUAAAGCAAACUAGUAUCCGCUACUAUGGACAGUUACGCUUCCGUCAAGCUCAAAUUUAAUCUUUAAAAAAAUUAUUAUUAUUUUUGAUCCAAAUUAUUAACUUAAGAAAGUUAUGGAUGCUGGGAUAAAAUUAUUUAGAAUGCAUCAUUCCAUACAAUUUCAUAAAAUACACUUUAAAACAAUUCCACAUAUUAAGUGAAACAAAAAUAAAUAAAUCCUUCCAUUUAAGAAUAUGUGGAAGGAAUCAUUUCAUUUGAUCCCACAUGGAUAAGGUUCCAGUUAUGAUAAAAUCAUCUAGAAAACAUUCAGAAAAUUUUUGUUAAAAAAUGGGAGGAAAUAGUUAUUUUCUAAAAAGAUUCUGCAACGUAAAGGUAGAAGAAAUAACGAAACACUUAAUUUCUGCUUUAUUCAUUUUAUUUUUCUGAUUGCUACUAUUCCAUUCAUCUUCGUUCUAUAUAUUCAUAUUCUGUAUGUUCUUAUAAAUGGUUUUCAGUUGCACCUUAAUUAGAUCAACUCUUAUCGAGCAAAAUAUUUUUGUUUUUAUGUAGUAUAUAGUCUGGCCUUCCAAAAAGGGCGUUCAUGCAUGCUUCGAUUUUAAAAAAGUAUGCUAAGUUUACCAUAUUAUGUGAUCAACAUUCCAAUUCUAGCUUGUACGCACAACUCUUUUACCAUAGUAUCUUAUUAUGUUUUUUUUGUUACAUAAUUUAUCAAUAUACUACUAUGCUCUCCCAGUAAAAUAGAGGGUUCUAGAUCCUGGCGAAACCAUUUGGCACAAACAUUUGGGUUCGGACGGUAGCGACGUGCAUGAUAUCACUUCAUCGGUUCAAGAUACUCUAUCGACAUUAAUCAAGACGGUGAAAGAGAUUUAGGAUAAAUCUUAACAUUUUUUUAGUCUAUUAACGAUAUGAAUUUUAGCACAAAUAUACGAAAUUAGUGGACAUUAAUUUCCGUAAUUAAACGCGAGAGGUCAUUAGUUACAAUCAAGCAACAGUAGGAAACCCCUAAAGAGGCUACACAGUACACACCAUGAAGAAAGAGCCCUAGUUGAGACAAAUCCACGUGAGGCUUACAAAUAAAUACAGAGAGCAAAACCCCAAAUAAGCAAAUCGGCCAUAAUCUCGUAAAAAGAACACACAAAACAUAACCCCGUGUGGAAGGAACAAUUUCUGAGCGCCGCCAGUGUUAUUAAUUCAGAGACAUUAUUUCACGAUUCUCAAUCCCUCUCCUUUCAACUCACAACAUCAUAAUUUCCUUUCCUAGCUACAAACUACUGUCAAAAAAAAUCAUUUUAACUAAUUUGAUUUAUUGUUAUUACCAUAACACCACUUUAGCGUUAAAGUUAGUGUAAUUUCAGCAAUAAAUUAAUAUAAGUUUCAGCAUUACAAUAAUGUGAUUUUUAAUGUUUAGUUAGAGAUGUUUGAGUGCAAAAAUCAUAUUUUCCGCUUUUAGACUAUAUAGAGUAUAGUUAAAACUUCAAAACAUAACUAGUCAAAACAACAUUUGCGUGUUUCAAAUUAGUUAGAACGGGGAACUUUUUGAAAAGAUGAUUCAAUUUUCACUCUAUACUAGUUUAGUUUUAGUUGUUUUCAAGAAAGUUUCUGAAAGAUCCAUGUCUUACACUAAAAACAAAAGAAUAAAUCGAAAUGAUAUAAAUAACAUGAUCGAGACACCUUUAUACUCCUGACAAUAACGAUUAACGAAGCUAAAAGGAGAAUAUAAUAACUACGUUAUUGUUACUUAUCAAAAAGACAUGUAACAUAUUAUUCCAAUUUUAUGCAAGUCCGUAGAAAAAUAAAGACACAAGUCCGAACGUAGAACAUGAGCUUCUUUAACUAAACCUACUUUUGCAUUCUACAUCACUGAUAGAGUAGUCAGAAGUAAAAAAAGACGCAAGUCUCUUUUAUUUAAAAAUUUAAAAUGAACAGUGUAGUUCUUUUUAUCUCUAUCUAUAAAUAUCAUCUACCAUCAUCACAUUCAGGUACUCAAAACCCUAAGAUAACCCACAGAAAAAAACAAAUACUUUCUUAGGUCAAAUCAUGGAAGAGGCAAUCAUGAGACUUGAAGGUGCUGAGCACAGAGAAACCAACAACCAUUCUCUUAAGAGAAAGCCGUCAAGAACUUCCUCCACCGCUCCUGGCUCUCCCGGAGGUGUAACCAUCGCAAAAUCUGCCCCUGGCGCCGCCGGCGGUGCUUCCGGUGGCACAACGAUAAGGUACCGUGGCGUGAGGCGUAGGCCAUGGGGUCGUUACGCUGCUGAAAUACGAGAUCCGAUGUCGAAGGAGAGACGAUGGCUCGGAACGUUUGACACAGCUGAGGAAGCAGCUUGCGCAUACGACUGCGCCGCUCGAGCCAUGCGUGGUCUUAAAGCUCGAACCAACUUCGUCUACCCAUUUGACUCUUACCACCACCGUCUUCUCUCGCCUCCUCCGAUGAACAUGUUCCUUCUUCGCGACGUUUUAAACUCUCAGCCUCUUUCUCCUUUCGCUUACCCACAUUACAAUCUUUCUAACGUAAGCGGCCUCCUUAACGAGUCCUUCACUAACGUUAACGAUGUCUCCGAAGAUCAUUCGCCUAAAGCGAAGAGGUCAAGUACCAUCGACAGCGACAACAUGAUAUCAAUCCUCGAACCAGAACCAGCUGGGUCUGGUCUUCUUCAAGAAGUUGUUCAAGGCUUCUUGCCAAAACCUAUCUCUCAACAAACUUCAACCCCUCCUAAGACCAACCAACCGUUUGUUGGUGUUUUCCCGACAAUGCUAGAGAACGGUUUUCAGACAGAUCUUGGUGUACCAAAUCACAUCGAUGUGGAAGGGAACGGAUUCAAUCAGGUGAAGUAUCAUGGAGAGUUGGCUUGGGCCGAUCAUGCGAGUGGGUUUGAUGCAGCUAAGAUGCAUCAGAAUGGAAAUGGCGGAAUGUUUUAUCAGUAUUGCUUUCAUGAUUAUUAGACCAUUAUUGUUGCUCUUCUUACGUUUCUUUAAGGUUAUGAGAAAUGAGGUUAUGGGUAACUAGCUCAAAAGUCAUGUGUCCUUUGUUUCUGUCUAGUUGUAUGAUCAGUUUAUCGCCCAUGAUAGAUUGUUUUUGCAAGGACAAUAUUUAUCUUUAAAUUUUACCAAAAAAUAUAUUUAUCUUUAAAAAUAAAAGUAAGAAAUUUUAUCUGAGUAUGCUUAUUGGGGUACAGUAGUGUAUGAGAACAACUAAUUGAUGGUAUAUGCAUAUGGACAUAUGUCGAGUAUGAGCAAAGUUACGAAGAGCAAGUAAAACGUAUGGGGAAAAAGACAACACCAAAAGGACAAAAGGAGAUCUCUAGAAAUUAGAUACUAUUGUCUAAUAAGUUGACUUCAGAAUUCAUAAAGACAGCCUUUGUCUUCUUGCUUUUUUCAUCUUUUCUCUCACCCUCUCAAAUCAUAGGAAGCACAUAUUUUGAUGUUUACUAUAUCGUCAAGUCGGAAGUACAUAUUUUAAAUCUGAAAAGGAUAAUUGUCUGAAUACUUGUGUUUUCUUUAGGUAAUUCAGGUAUUAGUCACAAUAAUUCAGGUAUUCAGAUAUGAAAAUAUGUAUUAUUAUUAUUAUUAUUUUUGAAAAUAUGUAUGUAUUUGGCACAACCAUACUUUAAAACUAAGUUUUGAUGUGCUUAAUUGCAUGGUACCGAGGAAAAUAUCAAGCUAAUACAACGGAGAAUUUUUCUAGUCAUAUUUGGGUUAGGAAAUCUACUUCAAAGGUGGAGAAGAGAAUCCAUUUAUUGUAAAAAGGUUUUGAGGUGAAUAAAUUUAACAUUCAUUAAAAAAAAAGGAGAAGAUAAUCCAUUCUUUUAAGGUUUAAGAAAACUCUUUUACUGAGAAUAAGGAAAUAAUUAGAACUUUGAUAGUUGUGAGAACUUUGAUGUUUAAUUUUAUUAUUGUUAUCAAAUUUGUUAUUAAUUAAAGAAGGUCUAUAAUUAGUCAAAAUCAAUAUUUCUUUCUAUUUAAUAAUAAUUUUCAUUCUAACAUUUUUUUAUUACACAAAAAAUGUCACUUUAUAAUUUUUAUACAAAUUAUACUUACAAACAGUAUCAAAAUGACAUUUAUUCAGAAACGAAAAGAGUAAUAAAAUAUACAAACAGUAUCCAAGAUCUUUUUAACUUUGGUAAUUUCAAAUUAAUUCGAGCUCGAACAAUGCAAAAGCUUCAUUAAACA